GUGAGAGAGAGACAGUGAAAGAGAGAGAAAGAAGGAAAAGGAGAAAGUGGGGAUAGGGGUAUGCAAGAUAGAGAAGUCAUAUGCUGUUGGGCAGAAAGACUUUGGUAGAGGAGAACUAAAUUACAUUUUUUAUCCAGUAAAACAUGGCAUUUUGUCUCUUCCUCAGCCUGCUUUUAGUGGCAGUAAAAGCAAAGACUUUGCCGGGCUCAUGCAGUUUUCAGGGAAGUACUUGUGACUAUAUAGCAGAUUCAGCCUCCCUCAGUUGGACUAUCGAUCCCAAUAAGCAUUAUAUCACAGUGGAGGCAGAUAUGCAGGGAAAGGAUGAAAAGGCCGUUUUGUUGGGUCCAGAUGUGGAGCAGCAGGACUGGAGCUGUCUUAGGCUGGUUUAUCAGCUCAGCGGAAGUGCUUCAUUACAUAUUCACACCCGUUCUGAAGGAGAGAGUUUUGACCACACGCUGUGGUCAGCCAAUACCCCCUCUGAUAGUUGGAUCUUUGCAAGUAUAGACCUAAAGAACUCAACAGAACCAUACAAGCUUGUUAUUGAGGGCAGACCAGGAUCAGCUAAAGGCAGUAGUGUGUCAAUAUUUGAGAUCAACAUUUCAGAUCAAUACUGCAUAGACUGUGAUUUUGAGGACACUAAUCUGUGUGGCUACACUAACCAGUGGAACGGCAAUGUCAACUGGUACGUGGGAAGAGGAGCUCCAAUCAACCCUGCCAACAGCGAUGGGCCAGGUCAUUACAUGUAUGUAGAUUCAAUCCACUCAAAGAAUCUCAAGGAGGUGGCCAAAUUGAUGUCUCCUAUGACCACUGUGCCCAUGAUGGGCUGCUUGAGUUUUCAGUACCAACAGGACCAUGCAGAGGGUCACCUGUUCUCAGUGUACAGCAGGGACCAGGUCGGUCAGUACAAAGAGUUGUGGAGAGCCAGUGAGCCUGAGAGUAACCAGGUAGAGGUGGAAGCAAAAACUAAGGUGUGGAUUCCUGUUCAAGCUGCUUUGAGAGCCCCCUACCCUAUACAGGUGGUAUUCGAAGCAUCAUUCAAUAGUCCAAGAGGGGGCCGGGUUUUACUUGAUGAUAUUUCCUUCUCUUCUGAGCUCUGCAGUAAAGAAACAGAGCCCACAAUCGAUCCAGUGGUGGCAAACUGUAACUUUGAGCUGGGCUUUUGCCAGUACACUCAGAAAGGGACCAACAGUGAACUGUGGAAAAGAGUUUCAGUCCGUCCCAACAUCUACAGAGCAGGAGACCAUACAACAGGGAGAGGCUUUUUCUUGUUGGCAAAUUCCUGCUUUGCAUUGCAGUCUGGCUACAUCAGUCGACUUUAUGGGCCUCCACUUCCUGACAACCAGAAGUACUGCUUAAAGUUCUUCUACUCUCUCAGAGGUUUCAGCAAAACAGAUCAGACGUUAUCUGUUUAUCUGUAUGAUAAAGCUGAAACAAAACAAGAGAAAAUAUGGACACAGAGUGACAGUAACAGAGAUGUCUGGAUACAAGUAGAACUCACAAUCCAGAGUCAACAUACAUCCCAGGUGGUGUUUAUUAGUACAUGUAAAAACUUUUGGAAUUGUGUCUCUGCUGCCAUUGAUGACAUUAGCCUCAGACUUGGAGAUUGUGAGCAACAAUUAGGACCAUCUCCAUCUUUUUCUUCUUUCUGUGAUUUUGAGAAUGGGCUGUGUGGAUACACUCAGGAUGGAAAGAGUGACAUAGCACAUUGGGUUCUAAACAGAGGGCCAACACCAACCUCUUACACUGGACCUAAAGGAGAUCACACAACUGGAUUUGGUCAUUAUCUGUACAUCGAAGCCUCCCAAAUCCUGCCAGGUCAAAGAGCUCGGCUGGUGUCCAUCCCCAUUCGAGGUUUUAAAGGAGCUCAAUGCCUGCUUUUCUUUUACCACAUGUACGGCUCUGGUACAGGCCAGCUUAGUGUUCUGCUACAUUCAGAGCUAGAAGAUAAAGACAGGGUGCUGUGGGAGCGUAAUGGAGAGCAGAGCAUGUCCUGGCUAAGAGCAUCACUGACCUACCAGUAUGAUCAUUCACACCAAAUUGUAUUUGAAGCCACCCGAGGAUCAUCAGUUAAAAGUGAUAUUGCGAUUGAUGAUAUUAUAUUUCAAAAGGGACUCUGCGAAGAUGCUGUCUAACCCGACCAGCAGAUGAAAUUACACAAUGUGCACUGCACAUAAGCACACUUAAUAAACCAUACCUUGAAAAACGUAUUAUGAAUAGCUAAAACAACUUCAAAUGCACCUAAUAUUGUUACAUAAUCUCUUAUUGCUUAUAUUUUCUUUCUGUAU